CUGGACUUUACGUCAACGUCAAAGUCAUGUCCGUCAUUUAGUGACAUUCACUAAAGUUUUAUUUAAGAAAUUAUUUGUUUAUCAACGUGUUUUUAAAUUUAAACUACUGUUUAGCUUGGAUUUAAUUGCAUCUUGUCUGGUGAUUACUUCAUUUGCAGGACCAAGAACCCUAAGUUGCUGCAUGAUAUGAAAUGUGAAUUUCAUAUGCUGCUUCGUUGGCUGUCGAAUGGUAUAUUUCAAAAUAUGGAUAGCGGUGCUUGCACAUGUGAGGAGAAGCAAAAGAAUUCAAUAGAAGCCGGCCCGAGCACAUCGCAAGAGUCAUCUUCGAAAGAAACUACCAAAAAAAGCCGAUUGAACUUCUUUAACAUUUGUCGCGACAAAUACAAGCGCGAGAAAAAACCAGGAAAGAGAGUGGCUAUGACAAGAAAACCGCCCAAAUGGGGAGGCAUUAGAUUUAGCAGCGCCAAAAGAGAAGCCAAAGUGCUUUCGUCCGAAGAGAAUCAAAAUUGCUGCCGCUGUACGUGCUAUCACCGAGCCAACGACAACAUUCCGAGUCAAAACGAAAAUAUGAUCGAAACGGUUGGUGACACAAAAGAAGAGGCGAACGAAGAAACUCCGGAGAAAACCGAACAGCGACUCGAAGACAGUGAAGAAGAAACGACCCAAGACGGCAGUACUUCAGCCUGCAGAGUUGUUACCGAAGUCAACGGAGUAAGGGGCAUUUACGGGACCGCUCCCGCCACUAGUUCAAUUCCGAAUUUAAUUAUUAGCGCCCCGUUCAUCGACAUGCAAUGGAUGCGAACGCAACACGAAGACUGCGAAGAGGCGGCGAGAAUCGCGCGAGCUCGCGAAAUCGAAGAGGGCGUCGUGGCGCCGGCGAAUUUCCGGUGCAUCAGGAGGGUGCAGUUGUUGUGUUCGGACGCCGAAGGGGAAUCGCAGGCGCCGAGGCGUUUGCAGCUGGUCUGCCCGCCCGAUUUGAGCGUCGAAUCUCUCAGGGCUCUGUUCCAGAACCACGUGACGGUGAGGUCGUGUCCUUUGGACGCCAUUACCGGAUGUCACACUCAGGUCGAUUUUAUCCAUUGCCUCGUGCCGGAUUUGCUCAGAAUUACGAAUUGUAGCUUCUAUUGGGGUAAAAUGGAUAGAUACGAAGCAGAAAGAUUGCUAGACGGGAAACCGGAGGGCACUUUUCUCUUGAGAGACUCCGCUCAGGAAGAGUUUCUGUUCAGCGUUUCCUUUAGGAAAUACGAAAGAUCUUUGCACGCUAGAAUCGAACAGUGGAACCAUCGGUUUAGUUUCGAUUCCCACGAUCCAGGUGUAUACACUUCAGAUACAGUGUACGGUUUGAUCGAGCACUACAAAGAUCCGAGCAGUUGCAUGUUCUUCGAGCCGUUGCUCACCUGGCCUUUGAAUAGAAAGUUCACGUUCUCCCUGCAACAUCUAGCCCGGGCGGUGAUCGUGAGCCAGUUGACCUACGACGACGUCAAUCAGUUGCAGUUGCCCAAGAGUUUGAAGACCUAUCUCAAGGAGUACCAUUACAGGCAGAAAGUGAGAGUGGAAAGGUUCGAUGACGACGUGCAGUGGUUGGAAGUGAGGAAUACACCAGCCGUGCCUACUUGAUCUGAAAUGAGGCUCCGACAGUUUCGGGCGAUAAUAGCUGGAAAUUAUUAUUUUCAAGCGAGGUAAAUUUGUAUAUUACAUGUUACUUUGUUAGUUUUGUGCGUUCGUUUGGCAAAUUGCGUUGUAUAUUGUGUACAUAUCGUGGAUAAAAAUUUGAAGGGUACUGGUACUGGUUUAAUACUGCGCAUAUACAGGGUAUCCGAAAUGUAAAUUAAAUUUAAUAUACCUACUUAUUCGUAAACGCUUAUUAAUAAACAAUUAUUUUUUAACUACCUAUAUGUUAGCUUAUUUUGAAAUAUGUAGUCGAACGGUCAGUUUUAUACUAUUCAAAAGUAAAAUUUAUAAGUUUGCAGUGUGUUGACUGCCUGUAGAAUUAAGAAGUUUAUUUUUAUUGUUUAGUAAUAAUUAUGUAUUAUUCUAAUAUACUUGA